AUGUUAUACUUCUUAUAAUCAAUUGAUCAAUUUGGAGCUUAGUAAAAAUUAUAAAUUCCUCCAAUAAAUCCUACAUAAAGAAGCGCUUUUGGUGGAUUAGUAACUUUAACUUUGUAUGGAAUAAGUUUAGGAUAUUUUCUUUACUAAUUGAUUGAUUGGCAAUAGAACAAUAAACUUCCAAAAAUCACAUCUCUUUAAGAAGAAAUUUAUGAUAAUUAGUAGUUGGAAAUAAAAGGUGUGUUUGCUGAAAUAAGUUAUUUUAAAGAACUUAUAAAUUAAAUAGAUCCUUUUGAUCCUUAGAAUUUGAUUUUAUAACCUAUUGUGGCAAGCACGACAAAUUUCUAUGAUAAUGUAAUAAUUUUAUUAAAUAGAUGAAAAUUAUCAAUUCUAAGUUUACAAAAAAUAGUUCAUAUAGUGCAUAAGCAUUUUAUUCAAUAGCUAUGGAAGAUGUUUUAAUCUAAAACUCACCCGUGAAUUCAUAAAAUUAUUAAUAUACUAAUUAUUAAUUAACUAUUGGAUACUGUAAUCCAAAGAAACUAUAGGAUGGAUAAAAAUGUGCAGAUUAAGAUUAAAUCGAUAAAUUUUUAUUAUAAGAUAAUUACUUUUAAUUGGUGAUAUUUAUAGAAUAAUUUGAUCCAAAAAAUAAAUAAAUUACUAAAGUUCCAAGAUAUUUCGUUUUUGAUAUGAUAGAUACUCAAAUGUUCUAACAUUAGUUUGUUUUAAAAGCAGGAGAGCUGACUAUGGAUGAUGGAUUUUUAUUUCCAAAUUCAAAAAAAUAUACGUAUCUUGCAGAUAUGAAUAUCAUAACUACUUAAUAUGAUCAGAAGUUUACCAAAAAAGCAUAUGGUGAGGAAUUAUUUUCAAUUUUAUAUUUUAAUUUAGAUUAAAUAAAAAUAGUAAAUAUGGUUGAAUAUCCAAAAAUAUCAGAAAUAUUAGCAGAUACAGGUUCAAUAAUAUCUUGGAUACUUUCAAUAUCAUUUAUUGUAUCAAAAUAUAAUGAAAAUAUUUGUUUAUAAAAAACAUAAAAAGAAGUUAUUUAAAUGUAUUAUAAUGAUUUUAUUGAUUUUAAAAUAAAAAAGAAUUUGUUAGGAAAAAUAAAAAGUGUAAAUUAUAAAGAAAAAGAAUAUGAUCCUUAAAAAUCAGAAGAAAUAUUAUAAAAAUUAGAUUAAAUUGUUAUUGAAAAAAUGAAUUAUUUAAAUUUAUAAAAUGAAGUAGCUAAGUAAAUAUUUUUUAUUAAAUUUAAUUUAGAUUAUAAUAAAUUUUAUAAGAACAUUUAGGAUUAGAAAAAAUUAAAAAAUAUUUAGAAUCUAAAUCUAAAUUAGAACUUCUUUUUGAUAAAUUAGGUGUACCUGA